GCCGCGUUCCAGAGGUCAUGAAGACCCUGCGCUCGACGGUUGUGCGUGCGGCUGGCAGUAGGCUGCUGAGCGCGCGUGCGGCAGCUGCGUCGGUGCUCGAUGGCGCGGUCGACACCUCGAGCGCCUCCUUCCUCGCGAACGCCGCGCGGAUGGACGAGCAGCUGAUAGAGGUUCGCUCGGCGACAGCGGUGGCACACGAGGGCGGUGGCCCGCGCGCGCGGGCGCUGCACACGGCGCGCGGCAAGAUGCUCGCGCGGCAGCGCGUCGAGGCCCUCCUCGACCCCGGCUCGCCCUUCCUUGAGCUCUCCCCGCUCGCCGGCCACGACCUGUACGGCGACGAAGCGGUGCCGUCGGGCGGCGUGGUGACGGGCGUCGGCUCGGUGAGCGGGCGACUGGUGAUGAUCGUGGCGAACGACGCGACGGUCAAGGGAGGGACCUACUACCCGAUCACGGUGAAGAAGCACCUUCGCGCGCAAGAGGUUGCGGCGCAGAACCGGCUGCCGUGCGUCUACCUCGUCGACUCGGGCGGCGCCAACCUGCCGCGGCAGGCCGACGUCUUCCCCGACAAGGAGCACUUCGGCCGCAUCUUCUUCAACCAGGCGAGGAUGUCGGCUGCCGGAGUGCCGCAGCUGGCGCUCGUCUGCGGCAGCUGCACCGCCGGCGGGGCGUACGUGCCCGCGAUGGCCGACGAGGCGGUGAUCGUGCGUGGCAACGGCACCAUCUUCCUCGGGGGGCCGCCGCUCGUCAAGGCGGCCACCGGCGAGGAGGUCACGGCGGAGGAGCUGGGCGGCGCAGACGUGCACUGCAAGACCUCGGGCGUGACCGACCACUACGCGCUCGAUGAGCCGCACGGUCUGAGGCUGGCGCGCCAGAUGGUCGCCUCGCUCCCGCCCUCGCAGGGCGGGUCGCUGCCCCGCGCGGACGCGCGGCCGCCGCUCUUCGACCCGGCGGAGCUCCGCGGUCUGGUACCGGCGGACUCGCGCCAGCCGCUGCCGAUGCGUCGCGUGCUCGCCCGUGUGCUGGACGGGUCUGAGCUGAGCGAGUUCAAGGCGGAGUACGGCUCGACGCUGAUCACCGGGUUUGGGUCCGUGCACGGGUACCGGGUCGGCGUCGUGGCAAACGACGGCGUGCUCUUCUCCGAGUCGGCGCAGAAGGGGGCCCACUUUGUGCAGUUGUGCGCGCAGCGCGGCAUCCCCCUCCUCUUUGUGCAGAAUAUCACCGGCUUCAUGGUGGGCAAGGCUGCCGAGCACGAGGGCAUCGCCAAGCACGGCGCGAAGCUGGUCAACGCGGUCGCGACCGCCAACGUGCCAAAGCUGACCGUGGUGGUUGGCGGCUCGUUCGGCGCGGGGAACUAUGGCAUGUGCGGCCGGGCCUACUCGCCGCGGUUCAUGUUCAUGUGGCCAAACUCGCGCAUCGGCGUCAUGGGGGGCGAGCAGGCGGCGGGCGUGCUCUGUCAGGUCAAGGAGGCGCAGGCGGCGCGUGCGGGCACGCCGCUCGACGCGCCGGGCCUCGAGAAGUACCGCGAGAGCAUCC